CUAAAUAGUUGCGAAAAAAAUUAUUUGCAUAUGAGAAAGGAAGAUGAUUAAACCUAAUAUUGUUGUUCUAUCAAAAUUACUAGAAGGUACUGGCAAUAAGACAACAGCUUCAAGAAUAUGUAAUUACCUUCAAAAAGAUUUUAUUCCACAUCUAAAAUGUGUAACAAUGUUUAGUUCACCACAUGAGUUUCACAACUUUGUUGUUAAUAAUGACAUUAUGUUUAUUAUUGGACUUCAUAUUUUUCACACUGGGCCAUUUUUGAGAGAUUGCAAUAUUCCAUUCAUGAUAAUAUUUGGCGGUACUGAUGUAAACUGCAAGCAAAGCAAUGAGUCAGUUUAUGAGGAAAUGAAACAGGUUUUGUUAUUAGCCAGAUACUUGGUUGCUUUCACUGUUACUUUAAAGUUUAAAGCUUUAGAACUUUGGCCUGACUUAAAAGCUCAAGAUAUUUUUAUCCUUUCUCAAGGAGUGACUACAAAUCCAUGUACAUAUACAUUCAAGCAGUUAUUUUUAGAGAACAAGAAAGUAUGUGAUCUGGAAAAUAAGAAUUUAUUUUUACUUGCUGGUGGUUUACGACCUGUAAAAGACCAGAUAUAUUUGUUUGAUAGUUUUUCUGAAUGGCAUCAAUCUAAUCCAAAUGUAUAUUUAGUUAUUGUUGGACCUGAGUUGGAAGUAUGUUAUUCCCAAAUGUGUAAAAAGAAAUUGGAAAGCUGCUCUGGAAUUUAUAUGUUCCCCACAAUUGCGUGCUGCUGUGUUCAUGCAUUGAUUACACAGAGUACUGCAGUUAUUAAUUCUUCUGUUAGUGAAGGAAUGUCUGCUGUUUUGUUAGAAGCAAUGAAAUUAGAAAUUCCUGUAAUUGCUCGCCAAAAUGAUGGUAAUAACUCAUUAAUAACACAUGGCGAAAAUGGGUUUCUGUUUAAUACACCUCAGGAAUUCAUCAGCCAGGCCAAACUACUGCUUUAUGACAAUAACAUUCGAAGAAAACUUGCAAGCAAUGGCAAACUAUAUGUUGAAAAUCAUCAUAGUUGCAAAAAUGAAGAACUUGCUUAUUGUAAAUUUUUAAAAAAUGAAAUUCAUUUACUCAAUCAGAAUGACCUUGUAUAAAAAUGAUUUUACAAGAUGAUUUAAUAAAUCUUUCAAGAUAA